AUGCUGCGAGGACCCCGAGCCCUGGCUCCAGCCGCUGCAUCAACCCCUAAGGGGCUGCAGGUGAUGAGUCCCACCGAGCUGUGGCCUUCUGGCCUCAGCAGCCCCCAGCUCUGCACCACCACCACCACCUACUACACUUCGGUGUACCCGCAGACGGUGUCGUCUUCCGCGGUGCCUGGCACCUGCCUCGAUGCCACCCCUCACGGACCAGAGGGCCAAGCUGUACGAUGUGUGCCCGCAGGCCGGCUGCCGGCCAAGAGGAAGCUGGACCUGGAGGGGAUUGGGCGGCCUGCAGUCUCUGAAUUCCGGACCCCCAAGGGGAAGUGCAUUCGAGUGGAUGGCCUCCCCAGCCCCAAAACUCCCAAGUCCCCCGGGGAGAAGACACGGUAUGAUACGUCUCUGGGACUGCUCACCAAGAAGUUUAUUUACCUCCUGAGCGAGUCGGAGGAUGGGGUCCUGGACCUCAACUGGGCCGCUGAGGUACUGGAUGUGCAGAAGCGACGCAUCUAUGACAUCACCAACGUGCUGGAGGGCAUCCAGCUCAUCCGCAAGAAGGCUAAGAACAACAUCCAGUGGGUAGGCAGGGGAAUGCUUGAAGACCCCACCGGGUCCGGGAAGCAGCAGCAGUUGGAGCAGGAGCUGGAGGAGCUGAGGAACAUGGAGCAGGCCUUGGACCAACUCAUCCAGAGCUGCUCUGUGAGCUUUAAGCAUCUGACAGAGGACAAGACCAACAAGAGGCUGGCCUAUGUGACUUACCAGGACCUCCGGGCUGUUGGCAACUUUAAGGAGCAGACGGUCAUCGCUGUCAAGGCCCCUCCGCAGACGAGGCUGGAAGUGCCCGACAGGAGCGAGGAGAAUCUGCAGAUAUAUCUAAAGAGCACCCAAGGGCCCAUUGAAGUCUACCUGUGCCCAGAGGAGGUACAGGAGCCAGACAGCCCUGCCAAAGAGCCGUUUCCCUCCACCUCUAACCUUGACCCCAGCCCUGACUCUGCCCAGUCCAACAUCGCUACCAGCCCUGGCAUCAUGGAACACGAAGCAUCUUCAGUUUGGGCAUCAGAACCAAAUGUGACCCUUGGCUGUUUGUCUCCAGCGCCAGCAACGACUCCCCAGCACGUCCUGCAGUCACCCCUUGUCCCCCUGGAGGCCACUGACAACAUGUUGGAUCUGCCACACCCACUUCUGCAGCAGACUGAAGACCAGUUCCUGUCCCCGACGCUGGCAUGCAGCUCCCCCUUGAUCAGCUUCUCCCCACCCUUGGAUCAGGAUGAUUACCUGUGGGGCUUGGAUGGGGGCGAGGGCAUCAGCGACCUCUUCGACUCCUAUGAUCUUGGAGACCUGUUGGUUAACUGA